CCGUUCUACGUUUUACUUUUUUCUCGGAUCUCGUUUAUAAGUUUAUCUUACACACAUAUAUAUUUGUGUUUUGUUUUUUUUCGGGCGACCUUCUCAUUGAAUUUUAGGCGCGUGUGUAUCUUAACAAUCGGUGCCCCUGCCGGUUCCCCAUUUGACAUGUCACUAAACAAUUUAAAUACGAACGGUCUCUACGACGAGCCGAUUAAUCUGUGGAAAACGAAGCAGCGCGUUCAUUACCGAGAUGAUGUGGUGGCAAGGCAAAGAAACAAUCAGAUAUCAACCGAUAGUUGUGAAUAUAUCACCAUAAAGCAACCAAAGAAAUCGGCAUCAUUUUCACGUCUACCACCAUCAGCUCACUCAUUACCGGGUACUCCGCCCCAUUAUCACGGAGGCAGCGGCAACGGCAACAGCAACAGCAACAACAACAACAACGCCAUAAUACGUUUCGCCCGCACCUCCUGCGAUCAUUGUGGGCAUCAUAAUAUACCAGUUAUGUCGCAUCCGAUCUCCCCGCUAGCCAAAUCGCAAACGAAUCUGGAACUGGUCGAACAUGCCAGCCAAAGACAGGCCCUUCUGCCAUUGCCCACCAUUGGCAUACAUCGUGAUGAUUCCGCAUGCACCAUACAAGUGUCGCGACGACCAUCCAUAUUGUUGCAGGAGAUAUUGACGCAAAGACCGCCACUUUUUGGUGGUCGCAAGGAUAACAAUGGGUUUCUAACAACACGCAACAUCAAGAAUCACGGAAACCUACAAGGAACGGCUAGUGGCAGUACAGCAACCAUAAAUUUUCAGAGUGGCACUGCAAGUGCCAGAAAUGGUUCAACAGCCUAUGAUAAUGGGGCUAAAAGUUUUCAGGCCAAACAGCAAAAAGAAAAGAAUCGUCGCACGGGCAACGAUGCCAUCAGUUCGGCUCUAUCGGCCACAUAUUGCAAACUUUUGGUUCUACUUGGCGUGUGUCUGCCCAUUACCGAAGUCAUAUCCGAUCAAAUACCAACCUAUGUCUAUCAGGGCUUCUAUGUUUAUCUCUAUGCUGGCAGCAUACUCUUUGUCAUAUUCCUCUAUAUAAGUGCAUUUCGUAAUCGUUCACUAUUCAAUGCAUUGAAGGACUUUCAUGAGAAGAACAGCAAUGUUCAUCUCAAGCAUAAGGUCACACAUUUUGGCAGUUUCUAUUUGCGAGUGGGAGCCAUCGCCUUUGCCAUUGGAACAAUGGUUUACUCGGGCCUGGAGUUUGGACAGUUUUUUGAGCUUAAUGGCCAUGCCGGUUGUCAUGAUGUUUUUGUGGCCAUUACACCGAUUUGCCGCAUGAUCCUGUGCAUUGCCCAGGUGCAGUUCAUUUUCCUGAACACCACCUAUAUGGAUAUGGCCAGGCACAAGGUGACGUCACGCUUCGGCCUAAUGCAUAUGGUGGCCACCAAUCUGUGCGAAUGGUUGUAUGUGCUUGUCGAGGAGACGAAACAUGAAAUAUUUCACAUUAGCCAACACGAUGUGGAUCCAGCUCAUGAUAUGGUGAUGCACGGCAACAAUCCAGCCACAACAGAUUGGUCAGCGGUGAAUGCCUCGCUGCAUACACAUGUGGCCAAUCAUUCGCACAAUGCCCUGACCACCGUGUCAACCAUAGCGGCCAAUAUAACGGUGGUGCCAACGGCGGCCACAUUCAAUGGUUGUUCCCGCACCACAAUAAUGGGUAAUCUGGUGCAGCAAUUGUCGCCAUUCCUUUUCCCCUGCACCAUUGAGUACUCGUUGAUCUGUGCUGUCAUUUUGUUUGAAAUGUGGAAGACUGUCAAAUCCAUACCCGACAUUGACAAGACGCGAAAGAACUCGGUCAAGCCAGUGACCCAGAAGCCCGCCCAUCAUUUCUCGGUGGAUUGCUCGCAAUCGCAUAAAGGACUCUUCUUUGGCAUCCUUAUCAUUGUGAUGACCAUUAUAUCGAUGAUCAUGUAUUUUGUGCUCUACACACAGCCGGGCUAUGAGCUAAUUGCCACCCAGGAAGUAACCUUGUGGGAGACAUUUAUGUACUUUAUGUGCGGCACGGCAAUUAUAACAGGCAUGAUACUUAUGCGGGAUUUGCGUUUUGUGAAAGACACCAGCGAUGAGCAUCAUUCCAUGGAUCUGGACAAUCUACUGUUGGUGGUGGCACAGACUGGCGUCUAUUUGUAUGGCAUGUUCAGCAUAUUGGGCAGCUAUUUUGCCAAAUGGGACACUGUGCCGGAUCGCGUUGAAGGCAUCAUUGCGGAGGUAUUUGGCGUGGCCCAAACAUCGCUGCAAACCAUGUUCAUACUCCAUGCCAGCCAUCGUCGGUGCAAGGGGGCCAAACAGGUGCGACGCAAGCCAGGACGUGAGAUAAUCACAUUCCUAUUGGUGGCCAAUAUAGCCAUUUGGUUUGUCAACACUCUAAUCAAGGGACGUGCCGUGUUCCGUGAGACGCAUCUGGAGUUCUUUGGUGUCUGGGGCUGGACCAUUAUCACUCACAUAUCGAUGCCCUUGGCCAUUUUCUAUCGUUUCCAUUCGACAAUUUGUCUCUUUGAGGUUUGGAAAAUAACCUACAAGGCAAAGGCUCAUUAAUUUUAAAUCAUAAUCCGAAUGAUUUUAAUAAAUUUCAUUCCCCCUCUGUGUGUAUUUUUUUUUUUUUUUUUUGUCGUCUCUCCUUGAUUUCUGGUUUCAUUCAAUAAGCUAAACUUAAGUAAACGAAAUAGCUACAAUUAGAUCUGUAAUUUAU